UUUUUGCGGGCAGAGACGGCCCGGGCGGGCGCUCGGGGAGCGGGGUGGGCUUGAGGCUGUGCGGCGGGCGGGCGGCCUUGGCCACCCGGUAAUUGCUUCUCUUCCCGGCGUUUUGUCCGCAGAGGGAGUAGUAUGUCCGCGGAAGUCCCCGAGGCAGCCUCCGCGGAGGAGCAGAAGGAAAUGGAAGACAAAGUGACUAGUCCAGAGAAAGCUGAAGAAGCAAAAUUAAAAGCAAGGUAUCCUCAUCUGGGACAAAAGCCUGGAGGUUCAGAUUUUUUAAGGAAACGAUUGCAGAAAGGGCAAAAAUAUUUUGAUUCUGGGGAUUACAACAUGGCUAAAGCAAAAAUGAAGAACAAGCAACUUCCUACUGCAGCUCCGGAUAAGACAGACGUCACUGGUGACCACAUUCCCACUCCACAGGACCUUCCUCAACGGAAACCAUCUCUUGUUGCUAGCAAGCUGGCUGGCUGAUUAAAAGAGCUGAACUGCAUGAAUCUUCUAAUUCCCAUUAUUUCUCCUUAAUAUGUUACUUCUCCACUUUUUAUUUCCUUUCACUCACUAAGUCAUUUGAGAGUUAUGGCUUUGCAGGUAGUGGUAGUGUGUGUGUAAGGGAAUAUACAUGUGUAGAGUUUUGAUUAGUUUUAACAGUGCACUGAUGAAAAGAACAUGUUAGAGCAAUGUAAAGUAAUCUACUUGAAAAUAAUUGUAUAUAUUACCUAACUCCUAGUGUAGGACUGGUUCCAACAAGUAACAAGCAAGUUUUACAAUUUUAAUGUUUUGGCUUUCUUUAAUUCAUCUUAAUUAUAGCUUUGUAUGUUACUCUUAUUUAAUGUAACCUUUAUUGUAUUGAUUUCUUCUGUAUUUUCCUUUUGAAUUUUGUAAAACAGAAGUUUAAGACCACAAGUUAGAAGAAAGGUCACAUAUUUCAAACAUAAAUAGAUGGGGCUUCAAAAGAUUUGUAUCCUGUGCUUGAACUUGAAUGGCCUUAAAUCUGUUUCAGCUUUAACAAUAGAAUUUUACUUGGGCAAUAUUUGCCCAUUCUGGUGUAACUUAUGUGACUCUAGUGCUUAACAGCUGCUGUUGAAGAGUAUUCUUAUUCAGUUCUGUAGUGUUAGAAUACCUUUUGUUGUUGAAGAUGUGAAUGAAGUGUGCAUGUGCAUCGACUGUUGAAUUCACUUUUGUGCCAUUUUUGUAAAUACAGUAGUUUUGCACAACCUCUCACAA